AUGGCGCGACCGGCCCCGCCUAACGGUGCCCGGCUGCCCCGCUUCGGAAGUCUGUCGGUCACCAGUGCUCCCAUGGCCUUGCUGUCCUCACCGGGGCCAGAGAGCGUGCAGAACCGGGUGGCCCGCACCCUCGCCAACCUGGCACUGGAGCCCGACGGUGCUCGGGACGUCCUUGACGCCGGUGCCGGUCCCCUCCUGGUGUCCCUGGCUGCCUCCUGUGGCACCCCCGAGUGCCUCCACAGUGCCGCCCGUGCCCUCCGCAUCCUGGGGGCCGCUCCGGCACCCCGCCGGGCCCUGGGCCGAGCAGGGGCUGUCCGAGCCCUGGCCUCCCGCCUGGCCUCCCUCUCCCCGACCCACCCCGCCUGCCCAGCCGUCGCCCGAGCCCUGCGGGGUCUCACUGACAGCCCCGGCCCCUCAGCCGAUGACGUGGCCCCUGCUUUGCCCGCCUUGGCUGCCCUGGCUGCCCAUGCCAAGCGGGACCACCGCCAACCCGCCCUGGGAGCCAUUGCCAACGCCUGUGCCCGCGCCCCGCUCCGACCUGCCCUGGGGGCCGCCGGAGCGGUGGAGGCGGUGACUGAGGAGGUGAGGAGGGCAUUGGCGUCCCCCAAUGUCGCCGGUGCCACUGUAGCCGUCCGGGCGCUCUGCCUGCUGUGCCGGGAGGCCGUCAACCGGGCACGGGUACGGGCGGCCGGUGGGUUGGGACUGCUCCUGCGCCUUCUGGCCGAGCCCUGCGCCCGGCCAUGGCGUCCCCGCGUCCUCCUGGCUUUGGCCGCCUUCGCCUACGACCAGGAGGCGUUGGUGGCCCUGGAGGCCCGUGGCCUCGUCCCACUGCUCGCUGACGUCCUGCGGGGGGACCCCUGGCUCCCCGAAGCCCCCGCUCUCUUACUUUUGGGGCGCCUAGCAGCUACCGAUGAGCCCAGCCGAGCCCUGGCCACUGCCCCUGUCGUUUCGGGGCUCCUCCGCUACCUGACGGGGGUCUCUGCCCCGGCCCCCCGGGCUGCCUGGGUGCUGCAGCGCCUAACAGGGCACCCUGCUUUUUUGGGGGCGCUGGUCCGGGCUUACGUCCCCUCCCUGCUCCGCUCCUGGCUGGUCCUUGGCCUCACCCCAUCCCAGGCCGAGGAGCUCUCACGGCCCGGGGGACCCAGGCAUCCGGCUGCCCCCCCUCACCCCCGCCAGGCACGCCUCAAGGAGCUGGCAGCUCCCUUUGGCGUGGGGCUGCUGACCCACAUGCUGCGCUGCGGGGCCCCCCCGGCCCGCCUGGCCUGCGCCACCGCCCUGCCCCUGCUCACCAGGCCAGCGUCCCCAGCGCGGGGGCUGCUGUGGGGAGGGGGGGCAGUGGCCCUGCUGCUCUCGGCGGUGGCCCGGGGCCCUGCAUCCCCCUACGAGCCCCCCCCGGCCUUCGCCCUCUACGCUGCUGAUGCUAUCGCCCUCCUGCGGGGACAUGCCGGGGACACACCGGGGGACAUCGGGGACAUGCCGGGGGAUGGCGAGGACACACCUGGACACGCCAAUGCCAAGGACCUGCAGACCCCCCACGACCUCCUCCUCCUCCCCAAUGGCACCCACCCUGGGGUGCCAGUGGCCCGGGCGGCCCUGACCCAGGGGUCCCCUGUCUUGGGAGCCAUGUUGGGGGGGGCCUUCGCCGAGGCCCGCCAGGCAGCUGUGGCCUUGGGCUGUGCCCCCCGCCACCCUCUCCUCCUCCUCCUCCAUUUUGUCCAUGGCUGCCGGGGCCACCCCAGGGAUGGGUGUCCCCUCCUGUCCCCCCCCGUGUCCCCUGCUGCCGCCGGUGCUGCCAUUGCCUUGGCCCGCCGUUACCUGGUAGAGGGCUUUGAGGGUGUCGUGGCCACUGCCAUCACCGCAUCCCCUGGUGCCCUCUGGGCCUUGGCCGAGCGGUGGGGUUGCGCCCCAUUGGCUGCCCGGGCCGCCCAGGCCAUUUUGGGGGGGCUGCCCCACAAUGUGGCCCCCCGCUUGGUUCGGGUGGCCCGGCUGGCCCGAUGCCCCCCUCGCCUGGCCCGGGCCUUGAUGGCUGUUGUGGCACCCCGGGGGGCCCAGCCCCACCUUGAUAUGGGGGAGCCAUGGGGUGGGGGCGACCCUCUGCUGCGACCCCCAGGAGAUGCUGAUGGGAGCCUCAGGGAUGUCCAGGAGGACCUCAGGGACCUAGAGGAUGACUUUGGGGUCCCUUACGAGGACCUUGGGGACACCCAGGGAGACCUUGGCAAUGUGGCAGAUCCCUUUGGGGACCCCUUAGGUGAAGAUGAUGUGGACAUGGAGGUCAAGGGGCCUCUCUAA